AUGAUGGCAGCCUUUGAGACAAUGCAUUUUAUGAAAGGCUUGAAGAAGGGGCAACAAACGAAGGUGGCCAUUAAACUUGACAUGGCUAAGGCCUAUGAUCGAGUAGAGUGGUCAUUUUUGCAAGCAAUAAUGUUGAGAUUGAGAUUUGCUUCAGAGUGGUCAUGUGAAGCAGUGAAGAAUAUAUUUCAAGUGUAUGAGGAGACUUCUGGGCAGAAGUUCAAAUUCACAAAGUCGGCUUUAAGUUUGAGCCCAAAUGCUACUGCUGUUGAAAAACAAAUAGUUUUGGAUUUACUAAAAAUUCCGUUGGUAUAUUGCCAAGAAAAAUAUUUAGGUUUGCCUAUGGUGACGGGCAAGGGAAGAAAGCAGAUUUUCAGGACUGUCAAAGAUCGAAUCGGAAAACGAAGUGGGUGGAAGGAAAAGCUCCUAUCUAGAGCUGGUAAAGAGAUCCUGAUUAAAGUUGUGUUACAUGCUAUGCCCACCUACUCGAUGAGUUGCUUUCGGAUGGCUAAAUUUUGA